GAUUUUCAGUUCGUUUCAACUAUUCCUGUCGGAUUGCACGAAGUUUCGUUCCAGGAAACGGGUGAGGAUCAGUAGUGAAAAUUUUGUGACUAAGCAUCCGUUUUUCAUGCUUGGUAAAUUGCAUCAGUGAAUCAGAGGAUCUCCGACCGAAAGCCCCGAGCAUUGGAUUACAGGAUAACUGCUUCAGCAUGCUAGCGAAAAUAGAAUAGUGCUAAAGUGUUACAUGGUUUUAACGAAUAUUGAUCCAACAUCCUUGAAGUGGCGCAGAAAAAGUGCUAUUUCUGAAUGGUAACGAAGUGGAAAACGAUGGGAAACCAAUUCGCUCCCAGCCAGCAUCUGAGUUCCAAAAUCCUUUGCGCCGAGUAGCCAAGCGCCCAUACCAAAAAAAAAGUGAACAAAAGAAGACUACAGUGACUAGUACUACCGCCCCUCCUUCUCGUUGACUUGUGUUCGAGUUCGUAAGGAUAACCGAGCAUCCUACCGUGUGCCAUAAACCCCACAUCCCAGCGCAGCUUCGGGUAUUGGUGAUUGAUUGAUUUUUUCUUCUGAAUUAAUCCGGUUGUGUUUUUGUGUGGCCUUAUGUGUUAUCUAAUUUCCCAUAUGAGUUUUUUGUUUACCAUCCUUGAAAAUGGAAAGACCGAGAGGUUCUAGGUUUUACACGAAAAGGUCGGAGCAUUACAAUAAUUUGCAGAAGCAAGAGGAAGAGAAGCUAAACAACAAUAACAAUAAUAACAGCAGCAGCAACAACAAUCAUCAGACUGUCAAUCAUCACCAUCAUCAUAAUCAUCACCACCAUCAGCAACAGCAACAGCAGCAUCAGCAAUCGCAUCCAGGGUUGCAACAUCAACAGCAACAGCAACAUCCGCAUCAGCAGCAUCCACAGCAGGGCGCACCGCAUCCUCUCAAGGACAACUCGAACAUCCAACAGCGGCAGUCGUCCGUGGUGAAGAUCGAACUGUUGCGUAACCCCCAACCGGAAGCGCAACAAGGCGGUGCCAGACUAAUCAAAACCGGAGCCCAAUCUCCGGCGGCUGCAUCGACAGCACCCUCGCAACUAUCGCCGCACACGGUCACUAGCAACAGCGGCGGCAGUCCUUCGACGGUAUCGCAUCUGCGUUCGAUUCGUCCAUUCCCGACGUCGGUAGCGGCUUCCAGUAGCAGCGCAACUACAACCACAUCGAGCACAACCGGUAGCUCAACGGGAACCGGCGAACGUCCGCUCAAGUGUUUGGAAACUCUUGCCCAAAAAGCGGGCAUCACUUUUGACGAGAAGUACGAUCUACCAAAUCCUACGCUGGAGAAGUCACAGAGUCCGGCGCAGGUGGCACAGCAAACCACGGUGCCCCUGCAGCUGUCCCAGGAUCAGUUACAGCAAUUCCAGCAGUUCCAGCAGUUCCAGCAGGCCUUCACUGCCGGUGCUGCGACGAUUCAGGUCAAGCAGGAGUACAAUCCGCCGCAGCAACAGCAAACGAAUGCCGGCGGUGGUCUGGAUCAGCAACAGCAGCAGCAACAACAGGCAAUGGCUGCUGGUCAGCAGCUCUCCGCCGAUUGGCAGCAUGGACGCGUCCAAGUUCUUCAGCAACCGAUCCAAAAUCCAUACCUUCAACAACUGUACGGUUCCCAGCAGCUAGUGAUCCACCCGAGCAUCGGAGGACAGCAGCAGAUCCAGCUGAUUGCUUCCAAACCCUUCCAAGGAACACCUCAGAUGCUGACGACCCAGGGUAAACAGGUAAUUGGAGCUGGUGCCGGUAAUUUCAGUGGAGCGUACGCCUUACCAACCAUUCCAUCGAGUCAAUCGCAGACGCUGCUCUUCAGUCCCCAGGAUGUUCAGAAGCAGCUGACGGUUGCUGCCGCGGCUGCUGCAGCCGGAGCCACCGGACAGAAAGUUCAACUGCAGAAAAUUGGAACCAGCAUCUCGGCGGCCGGACAACAGCAAAGCGUAACCACAUUGACUCAACAGCAAGCUGCCGGUCAGCAGUGCGUCCAGGUGUCCCAGGGUACGAUGCCAACUGCCCAGUUGCUCAGUCCGCUGCAGCAGCAGGGUGCCCAGCAAAUGCAGUUUGCCGCUCCGUGGCAGAUGAGUCAGUUCUGGACGACGAACGGGUUGCAGCCGCAAAUUCUUGCUUCCAAUCCGAUCAUCUUCCGCGGUACCGGCCCUGACGGAAGCAGUAAUAUGUUCAUUCAGCCCAGUCCGCAGCAAACUCUGCAACAGGCCGCCAAUCAGGCUCACAAUCAAACUCUUACACUGCCAUGUACAAUUGCCCAGCAACCUCAGCAGACGCAACAGCAACAGCAGCAGCAGCAGCAACAACAACAACAACAACAACAGCAGCAACAGCAAACUCAACAACAGCAAAAUCAGCAAGUUCAAGCUAAUCAACAGCAACAGCAACAACAACAACAACAACAGCAGCAGCAACAACAAAACGUACAACAUGCUCAACAGCAAGUCAGUGUUGCGACUGCCCCACAAACAGCGACUCUUCAGCAGAAAACCGUGGGUAAUCUUGCUCCCAAACAGGUUCAGAGACCGCAAAUACUGCCCCAGGGUACCUCGCCGAUUCGUCCGUCCGCUUCCACGCAAACCGUUCAGGCACAGCAGAACCUACUGGCGAAGGGAGGCAAAAUCCGUACCAAACAGCAACCGGUGCGUCCUUCCGGUCCGGUGCAGAUCAAAACGACUGACCUGGCAACGGCACAGAACAAAAUUGGCCAACAGGCACAGAUGCAGCAGGUCGUGACAACCGGUGGAAAGAUGGUUCUUAUGAACACCGGAGGACAGAUAAACAUUCAGCCAAUGAUGACCAACGACAAACAGCAACAGUUGCAUCUUCAACAGCAAAUCAAAACUGCUCACCAACAGCAGCCACAGCAACAGCAUCUGUUGCUGCAGCAACAGGCAAUUCAGCAGCUUGCUCUUCAACAGCAACAACAACAACAGCAACAUGCUCUUCAACAACAACAGCAGCAACAUCAACAGCAACAACAGCAGCAGCAGCAAUCUCAGCAACAGCAAAUUCAACAACUGCAGCAGCAAUUCCUGCAACACUCCAACCAGCAGAAUCAAGCAAAUCAAAUUGUUGCUAGUGCUCAAGCGGCCACCGGCCAACAAGCACAUCUGGUCCAAACGACUGCUGGACCACAGCAGGGUAACAUUCUGCAGCAGUUUGUCUUCCAGCAGCAAGCACAGCCUAAUCAAUCUGGCAUCUCAAUGAUUAACGUUACUUCAUCUGACACGAUUUUACAACAACAACAGCAACACCACCAACAACAGCAGCAGCAGCAUCAGCAACAACAACAACAACAACAGCAAGGGCUAAAUGUAAACUCCAAAGGAGCUACUCAAAUGAUAAUAACCAAUCAAGUACCCCAGGCAGGAGAUCGCACCAGCAUCGCCCAAUCUCAAACACUGCAAAUCGAACGGACCAUCCUUCCGGUUGUGUCGAUCGCCGGCAUGGGUUCCACUCCGAUCGUAGUAUCCAGUAAUGGAACGACCAUUUCUCCUAUCCACCAGCAGGGACAAACUGGCCAACUGCAGACGCAGCAGAAUGCUACACAAACUGCCCAACAGCUACCGACCGGAGCACAACAUGGGUCCCAGAUACUGGUUUCCACCAUUCCAACUUCGGUUCAUCAGCAACAAAAUGUGCAAAACCCACUGGUCGCCAUGACUUCGCUUUCCGCUGCCAUGAUGGGCGCCAGCUCGAUCACGGCCACUCCGGUUUCGUCCAACUCGAUCACUACGACUUCCGCUGGGAUGCACCAAACUCCGAUAGUGUCAACUUCCAUCACCACGACAUCUAAGGAAAGUGCGGAUCUGAAAGCGGCCAGUGUAGCGAUGCUUCAGUUGCAACAUUUGUCCACUCCCCAGAAGCAACUGCAGCACCAACAGAUGUUGGAAAGCAUGAAUGCUGCCAACGCUGCCGUUGCAGCAGCUGCUGCCGGUGGUGGUACCGGUAAUUCGAUGGUUGUCGGAUCACCAACCUCCAUCGGUAACGGGGUACCAACAACACUUACGGUAACCAUGCAGCGAGCCGCAUCGAUGACCCCUACACAGUCCGGUGGUAACCGUUCCAAUGCUGGCACUCCAAACUCGGUCGAACAGCUGAACAAAUCGAUGGGACAUCAAACACCGACGAAGAUGAUGGGCGGCAUCAGUGCCGACACGACGGCGAGGGGCACUGCGAUGGACACCAGCGGUAAAGAUUCAGUGCAAAAUACUGCUGCCGCAGCGGACAGCGCAUCCGAUGCGCAAUUAAAUGCUCCGACGCCGAUGGACACUUCGUCGUCUCCGCCAGUAGCAGCAGCCCCGUUGAUUCCAAUCCCGGCAUCGUCCGUAGCAGCAUCAGCAGCGUCGACAGGUUCAUCAGUAUCUAUCUCACAGACAACAGCAGCAGCAACAACAACAACCGUAUCAUCAGCUCCAGCACCAGUGGUUUCGGCGGCUCAACCAGCUGUUGUUUCCUCGGAUGAAUCGGCAGGUGCAGUCAGUACCACUACAACGACACCGCAAACAGCGACGACCACCACUACACUAACGACGACGACCACUAGCAGUGGUGGCGGUUCGGUGGUUUCGACAGCAGCACCUUCGUCAGCCACCAACACCAGUGUGACCGGUGGUGUUGCAACAGUGACCGCGACAUCAGCCGGCAGCAUCAUCAACACGAAUGGGUUACCUUCGGUUACUGGCACGACUACGACCGUGGUCAGUGCAACUCCGACAUUGGCGACCGCUACCAACACCAACAGCAUCAGCACCGGCACUGGGACACUGCCGCAAAGCAAAACCGGAACAACGGACAAAGGUGGCCUACCGAAGGCCAUGAUCAAACCGAGCAUCCUGACCCAUGUCAUCGAGGGUUUCGUGAUACUGGAAUCGAACGAACCAUUUCCGGUACAGCGGCAGCGCUAUCCCGACUGGGACACCAACGACGAACCGCCGAAAAAACGUACCACCACCGAAGCCAACUCUCCGAUUUCUCCCGGCAACGUUUUGCUGACCCAGCAGCAACAGCAACCAUCUCCACUGACGGCCAACGCGAACACCACCACCGGUGACAUGGGUAACUGUGAAAUCUGCGGUAAGCCGGAACUGCGCAGUAAAAUGAAACGCAAACGGUUCUGCAGUGCCGACUGUGCCCGGGCAGCCAAACAGAACUCGACCGAUCAGGUGACCUCGCCGACGCACAACGGUACGAUCGAAUCGCACCCGACCAGUACCGGCAACGGUUUGGACCACCCGGGAUCGGUAACGACAACCGUUAAUCCGGUUGCACCUUCCAACAUCAAACUGGAACGACUGGAACCGAUGGAACAGUCACCGUCCAUUCAUCCGCCUCAGUUUGCUGCGACACCGGUUGAAACCGGAGCGGCUACCGUUCCGGUGGCACCGAACCCCACCGGAGAGGAGUCCUCGCUGGUUAUGAAGUGGUCCGUACAGGAUGUGCGUGAUUUCAUCAAAAAUCUACCCGGAUUCGGUAGCUACGCGGAAAAUUUUGCCGAACAGGAAAUUGACGGUGAAGCUUUGAUGCUACUCGAGGAGAAACAUCUCAUCAACGAAACGAUGAACAUGAAGGUGGGCCCGGCAGUGAAAUUCUUGGCCAAGGUUCGUUCGAUGAUUGCCAGCACCAGUCCGGCCGAUGGGCAACCUCAAUCGCAACAACCACAGCAGCAAUCGUAAAGCAACUGUGCUGGCUCGGUUGCAACUGUGAUUUGACGGGAUUUCUAUUUCUUAAUCCUUGUUUAUUUUUACUUUUUACUCCUGCGUAGACUGUAAUUUAGUUUGUUUUACUAAUGUGAAUGUUAUUCUGUAAAUAGCGGGUUAUCGUUAAGAAUUCAGUAGCUUUAGGUUUAGUUUUUACUGAACACAAAUUUAUUAUCACCGAAGUUUAGAAUUAGUCUAAUGGUAUUUUAAGUAUUAAGACUACAGCAUUACCGUCUUGUUUCAGGUGGGCACUAAAACUAAUUUAUUGUAGCAAAAUGUCCUUAAGAUCGCAAUCAAUGCUCUCCUCCCCCCUUGAACAGUAAAACGCUGCAUAAGAACAUAAUUCGAAAAUAUGAAAUAUUUCUUUUGUACAUAUUCUCACUAUUCCGUAGGUUCCACAAUAGUUCCGUAAGAGUGUAUGGUCUGCUUCAGCAGAGCUGUUUGAUUAUGCAAGAGAAAAAUAAAUUUAGAAAACCAAUAGAAAAUAUAUUCAUUGUAAGAAGCUGGGCAACCGUAUCUGGAAGCAAACCAUUGCCAAAUUUUUGAUAAACACAAGUCGUGCUUCGCGUCAGAACUGUAUAAACUAAUCAUUGAGCAAUCAUAUUUUUUUCUCUAGUACUAGCAUUUCAUAAGAACCAUGCGAAUGUAAUUCUCUUGGAAAAUAAAAUAAAUAAUUGACGAAAAUACAAA